AUGGCCGCUGAGCCCGACCUCAACGCCUCCCUGUGUCUCCGCACCUCCGUGAACGCUUCCUGUCAGCCGAUUGGAGCUCCGUGGCCGUACAGCACGGCUCGGCUGGUCCUCAUCGCCACGGUAACCGCCUCCCUGAGCGUCGUCACGGUGAUCGGCAACACGCUGGUCAUCCUGUCUAUCAAAGUGAACCGCCGCCUGCGAACCGUCAACAACUACUUCCUGUUGAGCCUGGCGGCGGCCGACCUGGUCGUGGGGCUGCUGUCCAUGAACAUGUUCACGCUGUACCUGCUGCGGGGCCGCUGGCCGCUCGGCGCCGCCGUCUGCGACAUGUGGCUCGUCGUGGACUACGUGGUGAGCAACGCCUCCGUCCUGAACCUGCUGAUCAUCAGUCUGGAUCGCUACUUCUGCAUGACGCGGCCGUUCAGCUACCCGGCGUGGCGGACGGGCAGCAUGGCCGGUCUGAUGAUCGGCGCUGCCUGGAUGCUGUCCUUCGUUCUCUGGGCGCCCGUCAUCCUCUGCUGGCAGACACUUGGGGGCAAACGCGUCGUCCCUGAUGGUAAGUGUUACACCCAGCUCCUCGCCAGUCCCGCCAUCACUCUGGGGACGACGCUGCCGUCCUUUUACCUGCCGGCUCUCGUCAUGGUUGGCCUGUACAGCCGCCUCUCCAUUGCCAGCCGUGGCAGACUGAGCGCGCUCCAGUCAGAGCAGGGCACGCUCAGGACGUCCAGCCCGUCCAUUAAAGACUUCCUGUUGAAACGACGCAGUUGGGUGACCAGCGACCCAGGCUCAGAUGUGUCUUUUGACCAAUCAGAGUCCAGCACUCCGAAGCCCAAGAGGAACCGCAAGAUGUCCAGAAGUCCAGCGGACACCUCCGAGCCGCACGCUUGGACCGUCACACGCCACGACGAAGACUCCAACAAGAUCGAAACCGACUCCUCGUCCAACGCCGACCCCCACAAGACUGCGUCGGCAGCGUUCUCCACCUGCCCCAGCUUCAAGUCUCAGGAGAGGCGGCGGCUGCGAGUGAUGGCGAGGGAGCGGAGGGUCACCAAGACCAUCCUCGCCAUCCUGCUGGCCUUCAUCGUCACCUGGACGCCAUAUAACAUCAUGGCCGUCGUCGCCGCUUUUUGCCACGUCUGCAUCCCGGACGCCCUGUGGACGACAGGCUACUGGUUCUGCUACAUCAACAGCGCCAUCAACCCCGGCUGCUACGCCCUGUGCAACGUCACCUUCAGGAAGACCUUCUGCAGCCUGCUGCGCUGCCACGGCAGGAAGCUGUGCUGAGGCGCAAACAUUGGUGGCUGCUCGGACUGACGACGCGGUGAAGGACGACGAUGAUCGAUAUUUGGAUAAUCGAUUAAUCGUUAAAGUUUCUGCAGAAAAGUCUUUUCUGUUUUAUAUUAAAGUGAAGAUCUUUUAAAGACAUCAGGACUCUGAGGACCUGGACGGACGUGUCUCACUAUUUUAAUGAUUAAUCCGUUAAAUAAUUGGCAGAUUAUUCGUUCACAUUGUUUUGGACAUUACGUGAGAAGUGAGCAAUCGUACCACAAGUGUUUAUGUCUUUAAAUGUAAAUGUUCAAAGUUUCCUGGUGAACUUGUUGUAGCUUCAUGUUCCAUCACUUGAGACGUACGGUUGCGUUACUCAAAGUUGACCUUCAAGUGUUCUGCGCAUGACGCGCUCCAGCAGUUUGGCAUUGUUAACGUUUUCCCUGAUAACUUUAGGGUUGAGCAGCAACAUUCUGAGCUGCAGGGACGAAGUGUUUCUGCAGUGCGACACUGAAGCCGACACGUUAGCGCAAAGGCGUUUAGUCUCAUUCAGACACGUGUUAGCAGCCGACGUUUAUAAGACACGUAGAAGCUUCAGAAACCGGUGAGGAAAAAAACGUUAAAAUCUCUUCAGCGUGAGUAAAACACAAAACUUAUUUCAGCUUCUAACCAGAAACACAUCGACUGAGAGACGAGGGGGCAGGAAGUGCUAAACGCUAACUCAUUACUCUGUUGGCGACAUAUUUAUCAACAGGUUUCUUUCUUUAUGACAGAAUGUGUUAUUUUAUCCUUUACGUUGCUUUUUAGUUGAUGGUUUACAUCUACACCAUGUAAAUGUUAUAUUCUUCUAUAUUGUUCGCAUCACAAUAUCGGAGAAGCAGCGGUUAAACUGCGUUACAGUGAUAUUUACGUAAUUUAAACGGUGCUUCACGUGCUGCAGCGAACACUUGAUUCGCUAACACAGAAAAACAAGAAAAGCUCAUAAUAAAGUCGCAAACCAGAAAAGCAUCUUCUGCAAAGGCCGAUAUCGAUAUAUAUAUUGUGUUUACGUGUUUAAUAUAAUGUGUGAGAGCUGUUUCCUGUCGGAGGGCGGGACAUUGUUGCAGCUUCCUGUAACGUCACAUUUCAUUCUUUGUCUGUUUGGCAGCUUUAAAUACAUUAUAAUCCAAAAGUGAAA